GGCUUCAUUGAAAGCGAACCUUUCCGGUCUUCGAAUUGAAGUUCAUUUUAAAGUUAAAACUGGUUCAAUAUAUAAACACAUCACAUUCUACUACAUAUACACGCUCAUACAUAAACUAAAAAAAACUCAUACAUACCUACAUAUCUAAACUGAAAUAAUAUAUUAAAACUCACAUCAAUACAAACACGUUAAAGUGCAAAAACAAAAAUAUUUAUAUAUAAGUGAACUUUAUACAAUAAUUUGUGGAAACUGGAACGUUACAUACCUACUUUAUGACAACAAAAUAUAAGCAUUUUGGAAAGCGCCAGUAAAUUGUGAAAUUAAGAAACAGAGUUGAAAAAGGAGUACUUGGCAACACUUUGCUUAAUUUGGAGUUAUUUUGUACAGCAGGUUUAGCGGAAUUAUUAAUUUGCUUUCGUUAAUUUCGAAGAAUGGUGAUAUUCAUUGUCCGGGUUUUUCGACCACUGUUGCAACUUAAGCGAAGACGCACGCAUAGCGAAUAGAGGCCAUCAGGUGUGAAAAGGAAGAACCAGAAAUGAACAGCCUUCUUCUACGUAUCUGUCAACAUUUGAUUUGACUAAUUUCAAUACAAACAGUAACAAUAAAUGUUGGGGAGAAGAUAAAAAGGAAAGUGAGAGAUCAAAGGUGACUGCUGCGCGUGUCAUAUACAUAUGUGUAUGCAUAAAUACAUACAUACAUACGUAAGUAAGUAAGUACGUGAUAUAGCGAACAUAACUAUUUCUGCGGUAUAUAAAAGGAAGGAAUUGAUAUUUUUGAACUGGCUAAUAUUUAUUGAUGAGCUUACAAUUACCCGAAAAUUGUCUCACAAUAUUGAGCUUGAUUAUCGCUGUCAGCUAUUGAAGCUACAUUACACGGAACUGAUAACGGUAUUUCACCAGAAUUUGAAUAUAAACGCAUUUCUCACUGAAAAAGGCAAAGGGAAGAAAAUCUGCCUAUAAAUUGUUUAAAUUAAUUGUUUUAAGGAAAUUAACUAACCACAAGCCGAGCAACAGCAAUCGUAGUUAAUGUAUCGGGUGUGGGCUCACACUCACAUACUUUACCAAAAGUUUCAAACUUCUGUUGCUGGUUUACAAAAGCAACAGACUAAUUAUCCCGUGUUCAGAUUGCAUAGUAAAAGCUUUUCCAUCCGAUUCGAAUAAUUUAACGGAGCAUUGACAAGCGCUGAAAUCUACUUUCAUUUUGGGCCCAUUCGUACAGCUUCCACACACCCUCAACUGAUAAGCCAGCCGCGACAAAUUCAAUAUUGCUGCCGUUGUUUGAAGUUUAUUAAAUUGAUUAGCCGUAACUAAUUGGACAACCAAGUGAACACAUGCCAACGGCAAUGAGAGCAAACAUCAUCAACAACCAAAACUGUAGAGCUGUAUAAACAGCUAUGAAAUCCCACCUGUGGGCGCGCACAAUACAGUGAAAAUAACAAAAACACAAAACAUAGUUGCGAAAAUUUUUAAUUUUAUUCGCACAUAACAACACUACCACAAGCAGCCAUACUGGUAAACGAGCAUCACUGACAACGUGCGUGGCGACUGCAGUUGCAGCUGCAGCUGUAACAACAAGCGUCAUGUCGACAUUUAAUCCCGUUAACCCCACGACAGCAACAAUUACAACGGCGGCCAGAGUCUUUUCCCGUUACGAUAGCAUCGAGGAGCUGCAUCAGCGUACCAGCAGAAGUGGAAGCGCGAUUGGAAUAGUGCCAGUGGUUGCGGCGCAGGGUGAACAAGGUGCACGUGGUAGCAUAGUAGCCGCAACUGGAGUGGGAGUGGGAUCCAGCGCUGGAAUUGGCAGUGGAGUUGGCACAGGAGGUUUGUAUGCAACCGCAGGUGCGCGUAAUGUACCAGUAGUAGGUAGCGGUAAUGGCAAUGGUGUGCGUAUAGCAGGUUCGCGGAGUGGUAGUAUAGGAGCUGGUUUAGAUGAUCAUCGCACAGUGUUAAGUCCCAGUGGUACAGGAACAGCAGCAGCAGCAGCAGUUGGUGGCGGAGGUGUUAGUGGUGGCAUUGGCAUUGGUGGAAGUGGCAGUGGGAGCAGCGGCGGUACACAAUUGAUAGGCGGUGCUACGUCGACGGUACCGGGGAGGCUUUCAAUUAGCUCACCAUCAGGUGCAAUGGCACAAGGCGCCAUAUUGGGUGUGAAUGAUUUCCCUGGCACGGGACUUUUAAUUGUAGGUAGCGGUGUUGGUGUUGCUAGCAGUGGUGGUGGGGCAGGAGUUGGCCAGGGAAGUGUUGGAACGGGUGCAGUGAGCGGCGGUGCACCCAAACGGCAGGGCAGCUUUUCGAAUGUUUUCUUGAAGUUGAUCGAUGGUAUGCCCGCCGGUACAAUGUUUUCGAAAUUCAAGAGUGCCAAUACGGCAUCGACAUCAUUGCAAAAUAUCACCGAUGCGAAUCCCAUUAGCCAGUACUUUAAGAUUGGUGAGCAGGUGGCAUGUGCGGGCCCCGAACUGGUGUGGCGAAUACAUGACGGCUACCGGAAAAGUGAUGGCAAGGCGUGUUCAAUAUUCGUUUUCGAGAAAAAAAUAGCAGAAAAGCUGCUCAAACCGAGACGCAAGGAAAUUGUAACGGAAUUGCUGAAAAAUUCUGUUAAGACAAUGGAUAGAUUUCGUCAUCCAAAGAUUCUGCAAGUUUUGCACACAGUGGAAGAGUCGACGGAUACACUGGCUUUUGCCGCUGAGCCUGUUUUCGCCAGUCUCUCUAAUAUUUUAGCUUUUCAUGAAUCAAAAACUUAUGAACACAUUGCCAUGGCAUCGAAUGCAGCAGGCACCGGCCCACAGAACUAUCAACUGCAAGCUACAGCAAUUCCACAACGGCCAGCACAUGCGAAGGAGUAUAAUUUUUUAGAUAUCGAAUUCAAAUAUGGUUGUCUGCAGCUAGUGGAAGCUUUAUCCUAUUUACACUAUUCGGGCCAUGUUAUUCAUCGGAAUGUGUGCCCAUCAUCAAUAUUAGUUACCAAACGAGGUACUUGGAAGCUGGCUGGCUUAGAAUUUAUUGAAAGAAUGAAUGCGACUGAUGUAAAUGAGUUAGUUCCUUGUCCACCUUGGAGUAACAGGGUAUCGAAAAUGGCUCAACCCAACUUGGAUUUUAUGGCUCCCGAAACUCAAUUAACUUCGAAGGGCAGCCUACUUAGUGAUAUGUUUUCAUUGGGUUUGGUAAUAUGUGCCGUCUUCAACAAUGGACGUCCGCUUAUACAAGCCGGUAAUAUAGUUUCAAAUUAUAUGAAGCAGUUGGAAACGCUGGAGGAGUCUGUGCAGAAAAUGCUGCCGCGUGUACCGUUACCACUACAGGCGGCCACCUCACGUUUGGUUAGUAAAGAUGCUACUGCCAGGCCGACGGCGCAACUGCUGCAACUGAUUAAGUACUUUAUAGAUCCCGCUGCAAAUGCACUCAAGUUCUUAGAUGUGGUAAACAUGAAUGAUAAGUCGCAAAAAUCGCAUUUUUACAAAAAUACACUAAUGGAAGUGCUGCCGCUGAUACCGAGGAAAUUGUGGUGGCAAAAUUUGUGGCCAAUGUUGCAGGCCGAAAUUAGCAACGGUGAAAUGCUGGCGGCUGUCUUACAACCGACCAUUAGACUCAUACAAGAGGCAUCGCCAAGUGAAUACGAGUCGAUUAUGGCGCCGACAAUGAAAAUUAUUUUCAGUUCACCCAAAUCCAUCCAGGCUACUGUGACUUUACUGGAAAAUUUACAUCUCAUUACUGAGAAGACGGCACCUAAGGAUGUUACCACCGACAUUAUUCCAAUACUGUUCUUUGCUUUCGAAAGCUCAAUAAUAAAAGUGCAGAGCGCUGCCGUUGUUGCAGUUACAAACGUAUUCGACAACAUUGAAGAUGUCUCUAUAAGACGUAUGGUUGUGCCAAAGGUAAAAUCGGUGUUUGAAAAAAAUCUUGCCGAUCGAAAAAUUGUGCAAAAUGUUCUCAUCUGCAUUGAAGGGCUGAUGGAUAAACUGGAGCGAGCUCAGGUUAUGAAAGAAGUCCUGCAGCUGCUUGGUGAUGUUCGCAUACCGGAUCCGGAUAUUGUGAUGCAUACAGUUCAUAUUUAUCACAAAAUGGUUGCCGAUAAAACGUAUGGGCUGACGGUGGAAACGAUGGCGAUACACGUGCUUCCUUUACUGGUACCGCACACCGUUAAUCCGGGCUUAAAUCUCGAACAAUAUUGCAUGCUGGUCGAGGUGCUGCAAGAGAUGCUCGAACAAAUUGACCGACAGCAACGUAAUAAAUUGAAGCUUGACAAUCUGUCAAUACCAUCACCGGAAUGUCAUCGUCCAUUGAGACAUCAAUUCUCUUCGGAUACCAUGAAUGCACCACCAUUCAAUAUACCCAAUUUGCGAAUCGAUCAGCGAAAAACAUCCAGUGCUGAGAAUAUGGCACAGAAGAACUCUGGAGCUCGUUUAUUUACAGGUUCCGGCAUGCUGGGAGGUUCGUGGUUCGGUUGCUCGUUAUCAUCGCCCGAUAGUAACUUCCCGCGUGCUGCUAAUGCAUUCCCCAACUGGCGUCUCUCGGAUAACACUUUGAAGAAACCGAAAACACGCAUAGCGCCAUCGUGUGCAUCCUUGCCUGGUGGAACGCCAGGCUCUGGACUGCCAACACUCCGACACUCGAGCAUUGGACCACAGGAGCGACGUGUCUCGACAAUCAAUCUGUCACCGCCUACUCUGGAGGAGUCUGUGCAGAAAAUGCUGCCGCGUGUACCGUUACCACUACAGGCGGCCACCUCACGUUUGGUUAAUAAAGAUGCUACUGCCAGGCCGACGGCGCAACUGCUGCAACUGACUAAGUACUUUAUAGAUCCCGCUGCAAGUGCACUCAAGUUCUCAGAUAUGGUAAACAUGAAUGAUAAGUGGCAAAUAUCGCAUUUUUACAAAAAUACACUAAUGGAAGCGCUGCCGCUGAUACCGAGGAAAUUGUGGUGGCAAAAUGUGUGGCCAAUGUUGCAGGCCGAAAUUAGCAGUGGUGAAGUGCUGGCGGCUGUCUUACAACCGACCAUUAGACUCAUACAAGAGGCAUCGCCAAGUGAAUACGAGUCGAUUAUGGCGCCGACAAUGAAAAUUAUUUUCAGUUCACCCAAAUCCAUCCAGGCUACUGUGACUUUACUGGAAAAUUUACAUCUCAUUACUGAGAAGACGGCACCUAAGGAUGUUACCACCGACAUUAUUCCAAUGUUGUUCUCUGCUUUCGAAAGCUCAAUAAUAAAAGAGCAGAGCGCUGCCGUUGUUGCAGUUACAAACGUAUUCGACAACAUUGAAGAUGUCUCUAUAAGACGUAUGGUUGUGCCAAAGGUAAAAUCGGUGCUUGAAAAAAAUCUUGCCGAUCGAAAAAUUGUGCAAAAUGUUCUCAUCUGCAUUGAAGGGCUGAUGGAUAAACUGGAGCGAGCUCAGGUUAUGAAAGAAGUCCUGCAGCUGCUUGGUGAUGUUCGCAUACCGGAUCCGGAUAUUGUGAUGCAUACAGUUCAUAUUUAUCAAAAAAUGGUUGCCGAUAAAAAGUAUGGGUUGACGGUGGAAACGAUGGCGAUACACGAGCUUCCUUUACUGAUACCGCACACCGUUAAUCCUGGCUUAAAUCUCGAACAAUAUUGCAUGCUGGUCGAGGUGCUGCAAGAGAUGCUCGAACAAAUUGACCGACAGCAACGUAUCAAAUUGAAGCUUGACAAUCUGUCAAUACCAUCACCGGAAUGUCAUCGUCCAUUGAGACAUCAAUUCUCUUCGGAUAACAUGAAUGCACCACCAUUCAAUAUACCCAAUUUGCGAAUCGAUCAGCGAAAAACAUUCAGUGCUGAGGGUAUGGCACAGAAGAACUCUGGAGGUUCCGGCAUGCUGGGAGGUUCGUGGUUCGGUUGCUCGUUAUCAUCGCCCGAUAGUAACUUCCCGCGUGCUGCUAAUGCAUUCCCCAACUGGCGUCUCUCGGAUAACACUUUGAAGAAACCGAAAACACGCAUAGCGCCAUCGUGUGCAUCCUCGCCUGGUGGAACGCCAGGCUCUGGACUGCCAACACUCCGACACUCGAGCAUUGGACCACAGGAGCGACGUGGCUCGACAAUCAAUCUGUCACCGCCUACUGAUGGAUCAAUGGCUAAUACAUCGAGCAGUGUACCAUUUUUAUUAUCAUCCAGCAUGCCAUCAAUCCGUUCCAGACGUACAUCUACUGUACACUCAUCGGGGCCAUUGGGAUGUGGCUCUGGGAUUCUACAAAAACUUGGCAGCGGAAUGUGUCAGCUAUUCUUCGGUCGAACUUAAGCAAAAACAUUUUACUCGACAUAACUAUCAAAAUCGUUUUUAGCUCAUCUUGCAUAUGUUUAGCAGAAAUAAAUUCUCUACUGCACCAAAUAACAGCGUGAACUAAGAGGGGCUUGUGAAAGAAAUCGACAAGUUUCAAUUUUCGCUUAACGAACAUAUAAACACAUACAUCUAAAUAUCUAUGAAAAACCAACAAACAAAAAAUUAGAUUUAUUUUCAGUCAGGUAGCAUAUUCGUAGCUAUAAAACUUAACUUAAAUGUUAUCUACAUAUGUACUAGCAUAUUUAAUUAAAAUACUUACCUUACUCACGUAUAAACUUACAUACAUACCUAAAUAUAUCAAAAUGAGGUUGACGUUGUGUUAAA